AGAGGGAGAAGAAAAGAGCAAGCUACUAAAGUGACUUUCGUCUGCGACUUGAGUGUUGUCAGACCCUCUGAGCUGUGCCCCUCGCCCUCGGGCCUCCUGGAAUAGCCCCAACGGCUUGACCGGGUUUCAAGAGUGCAGGCAUCGUCUCUGAGGUUCAGUGUCAUAUAAGAUGUCAGACUCUGUGGAUUACAAAGAUAACACCAUCAUCCAAGAAGCUAUGGACUCGAGAUUAACCUGUGGGAUCUGUAGAGGGCGCUACAACGAUCCUCGUCUCCUGCCAUGUCUUCACACAUAUUGUAUGUCUUGUCUCCAAGGUCUUGAGUCUCAUGUACUCUUCUAUCGGGAUGAUGGCAGCGACACCAGCUCUUUGAGUAGCAUGCUGAGCCACUUGGGCAAUAAAGCAUCUGCCAUCAUGUGUCCCGCUUGUGGUACAGAAGUGGAGUUAUCCAAAGGAGGUCUAGGAGUUUUUCCGGUCGACUUCAUGGCUCAGAGGAUCCUGGUCCUCGACUCGCUGAACCCAAACUCGAGCAAUCUCAUCUGCGACCUUUGCACGGAUAACUCCAAGGCGAUAUCACGCUGUGUGGAAUGCAUGGUGAAUGUGUGUGGCUUCUGUGUCCAGGCCCACAAGAGACAACGCAAGACUGCCGGCCACGGCGUGAUCAGCCUCCACGAAGCUCAGCGUCAAGGGACGACCCAAAUCCACUGCCCUGUCCAUUGCCCGAAGCAUACGCAAGAGGAGCUUAAGUUCUUUUGCGAGACGUGUGACCAGCCGGUCUGCCGGGAGUGCUGUCUGGUGGAGCAUAGAGAGCAUCUGGUGGAGUACACCGAGGAUGUCGCGGAGCACCAUGCGAGGGUAAUCGCCAACCUGAUCUCUCGUCUCCAACCUCACAUGCAGGCUAUCAUGGCCGGCAAGGCUGCAUCGGAACACCUGGAAUGCAUGAUCAAGGAGCGCGGAGAGCAGGUCAAGUGCGAGGUGAACCACUACUUUGACAACUUCAUCCAGGCUCUGCAGUCGCAUCGGCAGUCUCUGGUGACUCAGAUCGGGCAGGUCUGCGACACGAGGUCCAAGUCUCUGCAGUCGCAGCGGAUACAGCUCCAGCAGAUCCUCACCGACAUGGAGCACAGUAGCCGAUUAGCAUCCCAAGCGCUGGCUGACAGCAAUAACAAGGAGCUCAUGUCCAUCAAACCACUGAUCUCUCAAAGGUUGUGCCACCUGAAUCGCAUCUCCUACCAGAGCACACCCAAGGGAGAUUCAACUCUCCAGUUUAAACCCAAGAUUGUGUCUAAGAAAGUGGUGAAUGGAAUGCAGGUUCCUGGCAUUGUGGACACCAAGAUAGCUGACUGUAACAAGAGCAUUGCUAAGGGAGACGGUCUUCAUAGGGCCAAUCUAGGCCAACUAACCACCGUCACCAUUUCUCUCCAAGAUGCUAUGGAGCAGGCCUAUCGUCAUGGAGCAGAUGAAAUCAUGGCUGAACUUCUUGCCAUAGAGGGCAGGACAAGAGCAUACCCAUGCAAGGUGGCCGAGAACGCCGAUGGGAGUUACGGAGUGAGUUACACACCCAAGCAGCUAGGAGCUCAUUCUCUUCAAAUCCUUGUCAAUGGCCAUCACAUCAGGGGGAGUCCCUUUAGUGUGUCGGUGAAGGUGGGAUGGCAGGAGCACACUGGUGUAUGGCAUUGCUGUACAUUCUGUUCCAGUGAGGGCAACAAGCAAGCUACCUGUGCGUGUGGGGCCAUCAUGCCUGGUGGCUUCAAGGGUUGUGGUCACAGUCACCAAGGCCAUCCAGGGAAGUGGCACUGGUCGUGCUGCGCUGUCAACGUGAGAGACGCCGAAUGCACUGCUCGUCGUACCACCCUGAGCAACAACAACACUCUCGCUGCGCUACGUAGCAGAAUUCCCAGCACCAGCUCUGGAUCUACCGACCAGUCGUCCAGAUCGGGGGAUGGAGGGCCUGUUAAGUUCGUUGAGAAACCCACAUUGGACACAAGAGUGGUCUCUAAAAGUAAAGUCAAGACAGUGUCUUUAUAGGUACAUGUAUGUGUGGAUCUAAUUAAGGGUCAGUUGCCUUCUUGGGGUACUGAUGUUGGAAAGAAACUUAGAGUUGAUUACAUUCAUGUAGAGGUUUCAGAAUUUAUUUGAGUAUAUAGAGAAACCCAUGUUGGACAAGAGAGUCUCCAAAAGUAAAGUCAAGACGAUGUCUUUGUAGGUGUGUAUAGAACUAAUCAAGGGACACUUGCCUUCUUGUGGUUCUUCUGGAUGUUGGAUAGAAACCUAUGAGUCAAUUGCAUCCAUCUAGAGGUUUCAGAAUUAAGCAUGGCACAUUUGCGUUCAGGAGAAAAGAUCAUUUGGCAGACAGAUUUCUGUUACUUAAAUGUCUUUUCAGAAAUAUACUGUAUUCUGUUACAUCAACUCAUGUCUUUGAGAAAGCGAACAUAUAGGGAUCCUCACUUGUGAUGAAACAGCAGACAGGCUUCAAAAUACAAUUGUAGUGAAGCAUGAAAAACUUUCCAAACUUUUUGGCUGAAGAGAAGGAUUAUUUAAAAUGUGGUAUGAAUUUUCAGCAUAUGAACUAUGAAAAGAAGUGUAUUUUGUCUUUCUACGCGUUGUGAAGAAUCUGGCCCGACUAUCAAGAAAUUAAUGAGAGAGGGGGCUGUUUAUGUUUAUGAUGAAGAGACUCGAUUUCAUUUUAUGUGGAUCACUCUUCCUAUUCUUUUACAUUUAUAGCAAAUUAUUCACAGGCACUUGAAAAACUGAUCACACUCUUUAAAAGAGCAAGACAACUCUGAUUAUUAUGAUUUUUGAAAAUAAAAAAAUGGUAGGUGUUGUGCAGUAUGUGUUGUAAUGUUACGUUUGAAUAUAUUUGGGAAAGGAAAGAAGUAACGGGAUGUAAUAGGGACUAAAACCAAUAAAAAAACACUUUUUCGUCCUUGAUUUGAUGAUUCUUGCAAAAUUGCUGUUUUAUUUCACUUGAAAAAUACACAUAACCAUGCAAUUAAAUAAUUAUGCAAUAUCUUUCACUGAUGAUGAAGUAAUCGUCAUGCUACAUAUUUAUUUCAAUAUUGACAUCAUAUGUAUCACAUUGUACUCGCGCAUGAUUUUCAUAUAUUUGUUUAUUUAUCUUUAGUCAUUAUGUAUCUCUACUAAUCAAAUAUUUAGUCAUCAAUUAUAAUUGAAUACAUGUAUCUUUACAUCAGUGGUGCUCAGAAAUUCCCUGUUUCAAUGCUGUUAUUUAUUUUAUUAUACCAAGCAUAUUUGCAGCAUUUACUACUACCAUGCAUGAGUAAGUGAUGACAUCAUGAGUACAUUUUGUGAUUUGUGCCAUGUAUACAUAUUCAGCAAUGACAACAGUAAAGACAGUGCCUUUCAUAACAUACAGUUUACAACCAAAUUAUUCACACCCUUGCCAAGUUUUGUAAUUUUUUAAUUAUGUAAGAAAUUGAUUUGUCCCAAUUUAUGUUUCUUGAGAAAGUGACAUUUAAGCUUAAUACGUUUAAUAGUAUUCAACAAAGGCCCAAAUUCAACCAGUCAACCUUUCAUUCUUUGAAGUGACGAAAAACAAAAAAGCAUCAAAUUUACAAGGGGUAUGAAUAAUUUAGUUGUUAACUGUAUAUAUAUCUUUCACAUAUUCUUUUUCCUGCUAAGGACAUCAUGUGCAAUGGAAAAAAAAAAAAAAAAAGUGAACAAGGAAUCAUUCAGAAAAAAUUGUUCAUGAAGCUAUGUAUUAUUUUUUCCCCCUUUGCCCAGUGUGAUUAUUUAUGUUCUUACAACUUCUAGAAAAGAAAUUGCUGAAUGGUAGCCUGGAUUUAUCAAAAGCAAAACUUACUAAAAAGGAAAAUAUUAUUGCACACUGCACAGAAAAAGUGACAUUACAAGAACUUCUUUAUUUGUACUUGGAAGAGUUAGAGUUGCAUAAUGCAGAGAGUUCAAUUUCAAAACCUCACUGAUUAUAUCUUGUAUCCUACUAACUUAUUACCUUUAUAUUAACUAGUAGACAACUUGUGUCUUAUGUUUACUAGAUAUUGUAAUAACAAAUAGUUCAGUUCAAUUAUAACCAAAUAUAGAUUUAUAUAUGUUUUGUAUCUCUAACCCCCAAAUAAAUUAUUGUUUCUAAA